AGUGAACAGUGAGUGCCGCCCUUCUCUCUCUUAACCGUCUCUCUCUCUCUCUCUCUCUCUCUGGUCUGUUGGUGGUGUUCUUGUGCAUCUGUGCUUUGCUUCAGCAGCAUCUGCGGAGCGGCUGCUCCUCGACUCACCUGGCUCCUCCAGGGGGGUGGAGCUGGACCUCAAGCCCGGAUGCCUCCUCCCGAGCUAGAGCAAGAUCACUAAUGUCUGCCUAUGGCAAUGGCACCACCUACAACUGACGCUGGUGAUGAACUGGAGAGCUACUCGUCCUUGGGUUUGACAGUACCACACUCACAGAAAGGCAACGCAGAAUUUCCAAAGGUUCUGUUGCUUCUGUCGACGUAUCUUGAUAAGACAGUUCAGCAGAAUGAAGAGUUACUAGAUUCCAGUAAAGUAAAGGAGUCAACCACUAUCUUUCAUGGUCAGAGGGUGCCAGAACUUAGUAUAAAGCUCUAUGCAGAACGCAUUUUCAAGUAUGCACAGUGCAGCCCAUCUUGCUUUGUGUUGGCACUCAUCUACAUGGAGAGAUAUCUACAACAACCAAACAUUUACAUGACGUCAUUUAGUGUUCAUCGCUUGCUGAUUACAAGUGUUGUUGUUGCUGCCAAAUUCAUAGAUGAUUCGUUUUUCAACAAUGCAUACUAUGGAAGAGUUGGAGGAAUUAGCACGAGAGAGAUGAAUAGGCUUGAACUGGAUUUGUUGUUCAGUCUGGACUUCAGGCUCAAAGUCAACUUAGAGACUUUCAGAAGCUACUGCUUGCAGUUGGAGAAGGAAGCACUAGCUCUUGUUCUAGAGAGACCGAUCAAAGUCCACGCCACCAACGGGACCAAGCCCUUGAUUUGUAACGGGAGUGUUGAUGAGACUUGCAAGCAUGAGCUCGUGCGUGAAAGGUACAGCAGCCAGGCUCUCCAAGGAUGUAGCUGGUAAAAUUGGAUUUACGGCAGACAGUUUUGAAAAAGUGUGGUGGGGCCGAGUACUGAUAAUUCUUUUAUUUGACAAUGUGCAUCCGAAUGACUUAAUAUUGUUCUGCAAUUAGUUAGUGUAGUUGUGUUUUUUUUUUCUUUACUUUUCUAGAGCACCGUAAUUCUUGUGAGCCAUGCUGAAAACGACAUUCUAUGAACAUGAUCUUCGGAUGGUCUGGGCACGUUCAGUUCAGUGAUGCCAUCCAGUCUUGCAGUUUAUUUUUUGGAAAUCGUCAGGUAUGGAUGCCUGAUUGCUGAA